AUGACCGUUUCGUCCUAUUGUGGGAGGGACUCCUCAGCAGUGCACAUCCACGAUCUUGCCUCACGAAAUUCAAACCCAGGACCUAUCGGUCUUGCGCGCGAGUGCUUAACCUCUAGACCACUGAGCCGGCAUCCAAUAGUGUUAAUGUCUAACUUCAACCAAUCCACGAAAUCGCGCCACCAUCCACCAUUGCGGAUGAGAUCAUGGAUGCGCAUUACUGAGAAGUCCCAUUCUAGGACGAAAGGGCCGUUCAGUGCUUCCAGGUUUUUCAUGAUG